CCUCUAGCCUCUUAUUGUGACAUCACAGAACAGCUCAACUGCCUUGGUUAAUGCCUACCAACUGCCGUGCAAGUGAAGGUCUUGAACCGGUUACUACUCAGAUUAUUUCUGCCCACAGUGCAGAGGUAUGGUCAUGGAAAGGGAAGCAAAAAAAUUGAGCUGCAAAAAUCUAGGCUCAUCUCCCAUUGGAGCGAGGUCACCUUUGAAUGGCUCUGUACAACUUAGUAGCUCUUUCUUUACAAUGGAAGCACAACAGUAACUGUGGAUAAACUUAGCAAGUGCUGGUAUAUGUUCUGAGGCACACCUUUUGGGCUACAAACUGAAACCAGGUGGAGAUUUCAAAUAUCUUCCCAGUAAGAAAUGUAGCCAAACUGUUAGUACCCCUAUUCGUGUAUCCAUUAGUUGUAUACGUGGCAGUAUGUGUGGCUCCGCCUCCCCACCCUAUGGGCUUUAUGUUUUGAGACCUCUGGGUAUAGGGCGGUAUAUAAAUUCAAUAAAUAAUAAUAAUCCUCAAGGAGGGUUGUAUGCACACUGCAGUCAGCUGAGUAGACCCAUUCCUGUAGCUGCACCUGAUAUUUGGCAAUUUCCUUUGCCACUCCGUACCCCCUUGCCCCCCUCCAUACUGUUCAGGAGAAACUCCCGAUCCUCUGAUCCUCCUUUGAGAAGCUUUUCAGAGUCUGCAAGGGGCUACAGUGGAGGGAAGAAGGUGGGAAACCUUCAUUGCAUGAGCAGUCCCUCCCCCCCCCCAACUUUAGUUUUCUGAAGGGGUAAGUCCACAAGCAAGCAAAUGGUUGUCCAUUCUCACUGUACUAAAGCCAACUUCAUUACGACGCACAAAAUUCAGUGCAACAUCAUCAUCGUCCUCAUCAUCAUUAUUACAGUGGUACCUCUGGUUACGUACUUAAUUCGUUCCGGAGGUCCGUUCUUAACCUGAAACUGUUCUUAACCUGAAGCAGCACUAAUGGGGCCUCCUGCUGCUGCCGCACCGCCGCAGCGCGAUUUCUGUUCUCAUCUUGAAGCAAAGUUAUUAACCUGAAGCACUAUUUCUGGGUUAGCGGAGUCUGUUGUGACCGACUCUGGGGUUGCGGAGCUCAUCUCGCUUUAUUGGCCGAGGGAGCCGGCGUACAGCUUCCGGAUCAUGUGGCCAGCAUGACUAAGCCGCUUCUGGUGAACCAGAGCAGCACACGGAAACGCCGUUUACCUUCGUGCCAGAGCGGUACCUAUUUAUCUACUUGCACUUUGAUGUGCUUUCGAACUGCUAGGUUGGCAGGAGCUGGGACUGAGCAACGGGAGCUCACCCCAUCGCGGGGAUUUAAACCGCCAACCUUCUGAUCCGCAAGUCCUAGGCUCUGUGGUUUAACCCACAGCGCCACCCGCAUCCCUGUAACCCAAGGUACCACUGUAUUAAUAUACCACCCUAUACCCGGAGGUCUCAGGGCAGUUCACAGAAAAGAUCGCAACAUCUAAAAUCAAAAUAACAACAAUAACCCAAUAACACCCCCCCCCAAAAAAAGAGCCACAUUUUAAAAGGGUAUAGGAUGUCAAUCAGGUCAACCAAAGGCCUGGUUAAAAAGGAGCCUUUUUGCCUGGCACCUAAAGGUAUAUAAUGAAGGCACCAGGCGAACUUCCCUGGGGAGAGCAUCCCACAGAUGGGGAGCCACUGCAGAGAAGGCCCCGUUCUCGUGUUGCCAUCCUCUGGACCUCUCAAGGAGGAGGCACACAAAGAAGGGCCUCAGAAGAUGAUCUCAGGGUCCGGGUAGGUUCAUAUGGAAAGAGGAGGUCCUUGAGGUACUGUGAUCCUGAGCCGUUUAAGGCUUUAUAGGUCAAAACCAGCACUUUGAACAUUGCACUCAUUAAGUCAACUGGCAUGUCUGCAUAUUUCAUUUGGCUGCAAGGAGAAGGAGGCCAUGGUCCCACAAUUUGUGGGUUGCCCCUUAAAAAAAAAAGUAAUAAUACAGGAGUGUAGCUCUCAUGAUUGCAGAAGUAUCAGAGAGAACAUGUGUAGGUGUUGCACGGUAAUGCUUCUCAGACGCUUGCAUCAGUAGGAGGGUUUUGGCUGCUAAGCAUUCAUUUGUUAUCUAGUCUGUCCAACCACUAAAACUACGUUCUGAUAGGGAACCAAUAGUAGGUCUGAAAAGCCAGGAAUCCCCAGAGUUGGCCCAACAAUGCCUUCUUUUUUCCAUUUGGCCCUUACCAUGACUGACCAAAUUCCGCCAGGCUCUGCCUCAAUGUGCCAGGUACCAUUUUUAAAAUGUGUUUGUUUGCUUACUCUGGUUUUAUCCCUUCCUUUGAGGAGUUCAGGAUGCACUGGGUAGGGUUCUCUUCCAUCCUUUUAUCCUUACAACAUUCCUGUGAGGUAAAUUAGGACAUUCCAGUGAGAUUUAUGAUUUGAGUGGGGAUUUUCAACCUCGGUCCCCUAACCACACUCGGACCCUCUUGGGUCUAACCCUGAACCACCAGGUUUCACUGCUUGAUCCAUUUGGGUCCUGUCCAGAAAUUCAUAAGCUGACAACCCCAGAGUGGGGAUGGCAUUUGAGGUAGAGAUAAUGCUUUCCUCCUCCUGGUGACAAAAACCAGCCCAAUUAAAUAACCCCUUGUGCAAAUAUGAAAACAUGUAGCCUUAAAUAUUGUAAUAGAUAACAUACACCUAUGUAUACAUAUCAACAUUUAAAAAUAUGCACCUGCCUGUGGCGUUUGCCCUGCUAGGUGUGUGACAUCAUACUGGGUCAUAAGGAAAGGGUUAACUAAGGGUAAAAUGAUUAGCCAACAGGAACCCAAGGGGAGGAGUUAGAGUUAGAGUUGUUAAGAAGUCAGUCUGGAGUUAGAGAAGGGAGAGGGAGGAUAUGUCUGUGGGUUGGGCUAGUUUGAUGUGAGAGAGUGAGAGAAUCUGUUAAGAGGAGUCAGUUAAACAGUUGGGAUAAUCAGUUAGAAGGUAUUAGGAAGGUAUAGGCCAGUAAAGAAACUAAGGUUAAGAAACUGACAAGAAAAAUUAUCUGAAACCAUAAACUUGUUAAUGCUUAUAAAAUAAACUUGUUUAUUUGGUUUAAUGUUAACAAUUGUCUGGACUCAGUGUGUACCCGAGAGAAAGAGGUUGGUGGCAGUGGGGAAGCGAUCAUAGUGGUGGCACAGGGAUCAAUAGACCGUCAAACGUCCAGGGACCCUGUGUGAUCGCCACACUGCCAUUUGAACCCCUUUGAAGGAGAUUAAAAAUCUGUUAUUGCAUUGACAGAGGAAUAGAUAGAUGCUGAACUGGAUUUUCAUGAGAAUGAGGAAGAGAAGGAAGAACGACCGCAUGCAGAUCCCUAGGAGGCAACCCUUGCUGUUAGCGGUAGGUAGGUACCACUGUUUUCAGAAAGAAAGUAAUAUGGGCCUAGCCAUAGCUCCAGGCAAACCUUUCCUCUUCAUGCACAAAUAGCAACAGCUGACAACAAUACAAGCAUCCUUUAACAUUGUAAAAUAUAGUGGCUGGGCAGCUGGGGUUGGUAAGCUAAGGCCGUGUUGUACACCUGGCUUCCUUCCUGAAGCCAAGCUUUGCUGCCACUUAGCGAGAGGGGAGAGAGAGGUGAAAAUGUUCCUCACAUCCCUACUUGAAAAGGGCUGCGUUGGCUGGCCAGGCUCCCCCCUGAGCAGGCAGGCAGAGGGCUCAACAUGACCCCACUUUGCUCUGUUGGGGAUGGGGUCACUCUGGCAGCAUCAUUGGUGAGGGCUGGGCUGGGCUGGCGCCCCCCUGCCUAACACACGUCCCCCCCUCCACCGGUGUGUGAGCCUGCCCCGGGUGCCAGCAACCAACGCUAGGCCACUGUCUGGAUCCAAUGUAUACAGUUGACCUUUCCCCCCUAGUACUUCCAAACAAGGCAAAAUCCCUUUCUCAGAGGCACAUUAGCAUCCGCUGUGUAUCUCCUGUGUUUUCAUGCACAAAUCUAAAGGUCUGCUGUUCCUCAUGGAUACCCUCCACUCCAUUAUCUGAUCUGCAGUCAGAAAGCAGUAUUUAUGCGUUCACCUAUCAAUUUUGUCGAUGUGCAUACAGAAAGGCAGAAUUCACAUAUGAGCAAAGAGAAGGAAAAUGAAGAGCAGAGGUCAGCUCCCUUGGAACCAGUCCUUCCUUUCUUUAGUAGGUAGAACCAUAACCUUAUCAAUUCUUGUGUGUAAUUUGAGUUAGGCAUGCCAAUAGGGUGGGGGGGUGUUUGACAAUGUGGAGUCUAUUACCAUUAUUUAUUGAAUUUAUAUAUUGCCCUAUACCCGGAGGUCUCAGGGUGGUUCACAGAACAAAAUCAAAAUAUAAAACCACAAUAUACCAUAUUUUUCCAUUUAUAAGAUGCCCCCAUGUAUAAGGUGCCCCCUAUUUGGGGGGCAACAACCAGUCGCCAGUCCACCCUCAGCACUAUCCAUGUAUAAGACGCCCCCUAAUUUUUGACAUUAUUUCUUAGGGGGGAAACCUAGUCUUAUACAUGGAAAAAUACAGUAUAUAAUCAAAAUAAAAACAGCAACCCAAUAACACCCCCAGCCUAGUCAACCAUCAUAUUCUGGCAGGCCCAGGGGAAAAAUCAGCUGUAAGCCAAAGUUGUAAGCCAGUCAGCUGUAAGCCAAACAGUCUUGAGGCUUGAAAUGCCAAGGUGAAAUACUUCCCCAGAGGGGUAGCCAAUUUCCAGCUCUUGCAGCAAAAUACAACAUUCCCUCCAACAUUUCCCUGAUGAAAAUAGGGAUGUCCUAUUCCAUAAUGUUAUUAAUAAUAAUUUUCCUAUUCAUACCCACACAUCUGACUGGGUUACUCCAGCCGCUCUGGGCGCUUCCAACAUAUGUGAAAGCAUAAUAAAACAUUAAACAUUUAAAAAUACUUCCUUAUACAGGCCUGCCUUCAGAAGGCUUGGGGGUCAGAUGACUCCAUACCCCCCCCAACAUUUCUGCAAUGAAAAUAGGGAUGUCCUAAGGAAAAGUGGGGCAUUCCAGGAUCAAAUCAGAAACCGGGAUGACUUCUGUAAAUCUGGGACUGUCCUUGGAAAAUGGGGGCACUUGGAGGGUCUGAAACAACCAAGAGCCUUGCAACACCUGAAAGACUAGCUAACAAAUUUAUUAAGGCAUCAGCUUUUGUGGACUACAGUCCAUUUCAUCAAACAUACGAAGAGUUACCUUGAGUUCCAGGUUUAUCUACACAUUGUUUGAGGGAGAGGAGAUGUAAACACUCAGGUGAGAGGGAAAUGAAAUGGAGACAACUACAGACAGUGAUAAAGUACCUAACUGUACGCUACUGUAAAUUAAAUUGUAAAUAGCUUUGAACUGUUUUUAGUAUUGUCUUCUAAUUGUAGUAACCAGUGCUUUUUUCUGCGGGUACCCAGGGGUACGCACACCCCUAAACAUUUUGUGAAUCUUUGUACUUUUGUCCAUUUACUGUAUUUAUUUUUCCCAAUUUGAACUAUAAAAUGGUGAUUCUCUUGAGUCAAAAUGAGAAUACCCCUAAACAUUUUUUUAAAGAAAAAAAGCACUGGUUGUAACCCACCUUGGGACCUUAGGGUGAAGGGCAGGUUAGUAGUAGUAGUAGUAGUACAGUAGUAACUCACAAAACACAAAAUUAAAUAGUUACAGAGAGUAAAAUGACUAGUUUGAGUAACCAGCUGUACAUAGUUGAACAGUAUACUGGCUUCACCACCCUGCCUGAACCAACAUCUUAUAUUUUCUUGUUUCUCCAGUAUGAGGCAAGGAAUGUUAAUGUUGCCAUUUAGGGAGUAGAGUUGGUAGGGAUCUGGUAAGCCUAAAUGCAAUGGGGAAAGCUCAGAUGCAAAUAACAGGGGUUUGGACUACAUAAUUGCGAGAUCCUGAAAACGGAGGAGACCAUUUGGGGAAGCUGGGAUUUGGAAAAAUCCCGAGCCAAGCUAAUGGGGUUAGCAGGUUCACCCAUCCCUAUUGAAAAGUGGGAUAUGAUAUGAAUCUAAGCCAUGGAUUUUAUUAUGUGUAUCUAAGACACAGAUAUUCAUGCUGCUUUGCAUUUCAUAAUCUUGUUCCAUAAGCAUCUGCAAAUAUUCAUUUAAAUAAGCAAAUGACAAUUUUCUAAUUCUGCGCAAUGUUCAUUGCAGGUCUUCUCCAAGAAUCACAGUCAGCUGUGGAGUUGAAGAAAGCGAAAAUGGGAAAACUAACACCAAGGGUUGUAAUUCCUUUAAUGGUGAGAUUAACAGAAGCAGCGAGACAUUAAUUUGGUCUGUUCUAAGAAUAAGCUGGGGCUAGACUACAUUACUGCUUCUGCAUUCUGGAUUAAUUGCAGUUUCCGGGUCACCUUCAAAGGUAGCCCACGUAGAGCGCAUUGCAGUAGUCCAAGCGGGAGAUAGCCAGAGCAUGCACUAUUCUGGCGAGACAGCUUGCAGGCAGGUAGGUUCUCAGCCAGCGUACCAGCUGGAGCUGGUAGACAGCUGCCCUGGACACAGAACUGACCUGUGCCUCCAUGGACAGCUGUGAGUCCAGAAUUACUCCCAGGUUGCUCACCUGGUCCUUCAGGGGCACAGUACCCCAUUCAGGACCAGGGAGUCCUCCACACCUGCCCAUGUCUGGCUUGAUUAGGUCAAUUAUCCAUGUCAUCUGGCACUUUUUCUCCCAGAAUAACCAACCAGUUGCCCUGGGAGACUCACAAGCCAAGCAUAAUGGAGAGAGCCGUCACUUCUGAUCAUUUUAGUUGAGGGGCAGAAUUUAUAAUGGUAAACUUAUGCAUCCAUAUGCUCCACCUGAAAUUAUCACAACUGCUUAUAAAGACCAUGGAAGUGUUUCCCGUUAACCCUAUAUGUGAAAGUGUGCUUGGCCUUUUUUCAGGAGCCCUCAAAGAAAUGGAGAAAGUUUUCUUACUCUCCUCAGUGGAUUAGUAUAUUGGACGUGGCUCAGAAAAUCUUCGAUGAAGAAGAUAGAGGGAAGAAGAAACAAAAGCAGAAUAAAAGGGGAGGGGAGGAAAUGCUAGCAGGUGGGAUUUUGGAGGAGGGAAAAGCAGAAAUUAAAAGGGAACAAUUGUCUGACUUUUGUGCUCCAGAGGGCAUCCAACCAAAUACUGGAUGGGAUCUCCAACCCUCACGGGAGCAGCUGCCAACUCCAGGGCCGUCAUAUCUAAAGGCAGAGAAAGAGAUCUUAACAGCGAAUGAAAUAGAGGAUAUCAUCCAGGAAAUUGUGGCUGUCAGGGCUAAGGAGAGGCUUUCUGAAGAAAACAUGCCUCCUGAAGGAAGAGAGAAGCUCUUCUAUCAAGAUGCCUCUUCUAUCAAUGCACAGAAGCCACGCUACCAUAGGGACCGGAGGAUGCCACCCUAAGGUGGGCGUUCAUUGCUCAACCAUUGCUCAGAAACAAAAAUGUACGCCACUGCCAUCACAGUGCUAUUAAAUAACCAUUCCCAUUUAUAUCACAACA